AUGAGUAAAGCACAUGAAGUUACAGCAUGGAUCGAUUUGAAUAUCAUCGAUAAACCAUGGGGCAAAUCAUUAACAAAAGAAUUCGAUGAUAAAAAGGCGAAGUAUCUGAUCGAAAGCAUGCCGGUGCCAAAUACGAUCACAUGGUCGAUAACCAAUGUUGCGAACAAUAUCGAUGAAGAGUUCGUCAGUCAAUUGCUACUUUUAAUGACAACUGACCAAUUCUUUCAGUUUGUUUCGGUUUGUAAUACAAACAAGAGUAACAUGGCAGAUCUUUUUCAAACAAUAAACGAUAAAUAUAAAUGUAAAAAGGCGAUUACCAUUGUUAUUAUCGGUGUGAAUUCUUCUUUAACCCUUGGUAAAUCAUUAACACGCUCGUCGAACAUCAAAGUUACUGAUUUGGACAACAUCUAUCUCGAUCUGCAGCUUCAAUUCAACUGCGUUAUCAAAUUCGCUGAAAAUGAUCCCGAGCUUUCUUCCUUAAUUCUUUCCUUCACCAAAGCGGUCACAGUUGCACCGGAAAAACGCUUGAAAAACUUGUCACCAUUCUCUUUUCAUGUCGACACACUAAAGCAAUAUAAAGCGAUUCGUGUGGAUAUCGAUCAAGCAAACAAAACCUUAGAUUUACUGUGGAAACAAAUCCUUCAGCAAUUUCCACAUAUGGGUAUCGAACAAGCACAAGCGAUUGUGAAUCAGUAUGGCACUAUUCAAAGUUUGAUUCAAGCGUACAAACAAUGUGCGACGGAGAACGAUGCGAAAUUAUUAUUAGCAGAUAUUCAAGUUCGACGAGGAGCAGGAGUAUUGACGACAACGAGAAAGAUCGGACCACAAAUGUCUGAAAAGAUCUGGAAACUUUUUACUUCCAUGGAUGGAAAUGAUCUUCUCUAA